CCAACAGUGUAAUCUGAUUGGUUAAAACGCGGCAGAGCAGAAACACACGAGGACUACAUGUUGGAUCGUAGAUGAAAAAUAAAGAUGUUUUAAUGCAGAUUUGAAACACAUCUCUGUGGUUGGUUUCUGAGGCAUUUUGCACCAUUGAUGAUGUGUCCUCACUGAAAAAGUCACAGGUCAUUAAGAGAUGGAGACAGCAGCCCUGGUAGCUCCAGUCACAGCUCUGGAGUUCCUUCAGGAUGCAUUUCUGCUGUCAGGUGAGGGUCCAGUCUUGACAGUGUACAGUCUCCAGCCUCACCCUAAAUCCUGUGCCUCACUGAGCGUGCUCCAACACUACAGAAUACACGGGAUAAGACCAAGAAUCCUGUCAGCAUUUCAACUGCAGAGCUCUGUCACAGGAUCUUGCGGGAAGAAGAAAGAUGGUCUGAGUUCCACAACAGAGCCCAACUUCUAUGACCUAGCAGUGUUUGGAGGCAAGGCUGUAAGGCUGGUGAGGCUCCAUGAUGGGGAGCAUCUGCGCUUUGAGAUCCUGGGUCCCCUCAUGGAGCUACAGGACUGGGCCCUGGAUGUCCGCUGGCUCUCUGGAGACAAACAAUCACUUCUCUGUGUGGCUGUAGCCCACAAUAGUGCUCUUCUCCUGGACAUCAGUACAGGAAAUGUCCUGGUUCAGCGCUCCUGUGUGGAGGGGUGUCUGCUAUACUCUGCCCUGCUACUGGUACAUGAAUCUUGGGCGGACACUGUCUUAGUAGGAGGGACUGUCUUCAACCAGCUUGUUGUCUGGAAGCCUGGAGGAGGAAGAGGAGGAGAAAAUAACAAUUCUGACCAAAAAGCUCCAGUUGAAAGGCGUCUGCUGGGGCACAGCGGGGUCAUCUUCAACAUCUCCUACCUCCAGGAGAAAGGAUGGCUGGCUUCAGCCUCUGAUGACCGCAGCGUAAGGGUGUGGGGUGUUGGUGCUUUAGGGGGCCCCGAGGGGGAAUGUGGGGACUUGAAUCCGGCUUGUUUACGGGUCCUAUAUGGACACCAGGCAAGGGUAUUCUCUGUGCGUCUCUCCCCAGGGAAAGUGUUCAGCGCUGGGGAAGACGGGGCCUGUUUAGUUUGGGACUGGGCUAGAGGUGGGACGGUGGUUCGCACACUGAAGGGACAUCGAGCAGGGGGGGUUCGUGCACUGGCGAUCAGUGAGGGAACAGGAGACGAAGCAACCCGAGAGAGAUGGGUGGCUACAGGGGGAGCGGAUGGAGGGGUGAGGUUGUGGAAGGUGGAUGAGAGUGAGGAGAGGAAGGAGAAGAUGGAGGACACAGUGACAGAGAAGCUAAAUGACCUGAAAUUUACGGGUCAAGGUAUGCCUAAAGUGGUUUGUAUAGCAGAAGAAGAGGAUAAAAACACAAGCUGGAGCCAGUGUAAGUUUGUGGUUUGCACUGAUCAAGGGAUAGUUUAUCAAUACAGUGACGGGCAGUGGGAGAUGGUGUGGCAAGGGACUCCUGAGUUUCAGUCCUAUUGUGUGAUGGAAACAGUAACCGUCGGUGUGAAAGACUCAACAGCUAAAGCUAGUUUGUGUGCUGUUGGUAACCUCAGGGGGUCCAUACAGGUCUUCCCCAUCUCUCAUCCUCAGUCUGGAAUCCUUCUGACAGCUGGAUCAGGGAAGAUUCACAGUCUUAUUUGGGAAGAGGAAGGAAAACACAUGUAUUUGCUAGCAUCAGGUGCUGAAGGACUUGUCUAUCGCUGGUGUAUAGAGGUGAAAUUAAAUGAAAACUGUUCUCUGUCACUAAGUGUAAAUUCUCUUCCUUCUUUCCUCCUUCCCCCCUGCGCCAAACGCUGGCUGACGGCUUCAGUGUGCCUCCAUGGGUCGCUGUGGGUGUGCGGGGACAGGAGAGGAUCCCUGCUUUUGUUUCAGGAAGGAGGAAAAUCUGAGCAAAAGAGGGAAGAUGAAGGUUUGCUGAAACAAACUGAUGAUGACCUAACGCUGCAGCCACUGAGCUGUCUGUUUGGGGUGCACGGAAAACAAGGUGUAACCUCAGUGUAUGAAUACCAGGGACUGCUCUACAGCACAGGGAGGGACGGCUGCGUGAGGGUCUUCAGAGUGCGUCCAACACCACCAGAAAAACUUGAAGAAAGUAGAAAAAAAAGCAAUGAAAGGACUGCAGAGAACAGUGAUGGCCUUCAGCUUGAGGUUCUAAGAGUCCAGCGGGCCUGUAAGGGGAUGGAGUGGCUGGAGAGGGUUUUGAUUCUGAAACCUGAAAUCCUUGAGGAGGAAGAAGAGGAGGAGGAGGAGGAGGAGGAGGAGCUGGAAGUUGCCGUAGAGGAAAGCUUUAGAGACGAAGAAGAACAGAUGGAAAACAAGGGAAGAGAAGCCAGGUUCGUCAUCCUCGGCUUCCAUGCAGUCCAAUUUGUGGUUUGGGACCCGGUGAAGCAGGAGAGACUGUUAGCGGUUUCUUGCGGUGGGGGCCAUCGCUCUUGGAGUCUCUGGCCGUCCCAGAAAGGGGUUUGGCCCGGAUAUGGGGCUUUUGUCUUUAUCAGGCAGGGGGCUGUCCUGGCUUCCCAACCACCUGGAGAGGCACCAAGCUGGGCUGGGAGGGCAGGAAGGACUGGAGGGUGGGUUCUGAGAGAGGGUGUCCAUGGGAGGGGGAUUGGGUGUGUAUGCAGGCUGGGGAGGAUAAGGGGAAUUAAUGAGAUUCAAACAAGGACGACUGAAAAUACGAGUGGAACUGAGGGAAAAGAUGAAGUAAGGGGGUUGCAGAGAGAGGCGGGGCAAUGGGAGAUAGUGGUGACAGGCGGAGAGGACACUAGCUUAACUGUCCUGGCAGUACAGCCCAACUCCAGCAGCGUCAAAGUUCUCUCAGUUAUUACCGACCACAUCUCAAGCGUCCGGACAGUGACGGUGGUAACGCGUGAAAGCCAAUCACAGUCUCUCUCUGCCCUGCUCGUCUCAGCCGGCGGCCGCGCUCAAAUGCAGUGUUACCGGCUGGUGAUCGGCUACGACAGCCAGAGACUGGCUCCUUCCUGCCAGGUGAUCCAGGUGGCCAGUCACCGAUUGGAUGAACAGUGGGAGAGAAGGCGCAACCGACACAAGACGGUGAAAAUGGACCCUGAAACGAGGUACAUGUCUAUAGCAGUGGUGGAUGAGAAGACAGACUGUGUUCUUCUGGCUCUGGCCUGUAGCGACGGGGCUGUCAGAUUGUUCUCAGUCAGUGAAGUUAAACGUCAAAUUGAUUUGUUGUGGGAGACCUUUUACCACCAGCGCUGUGUGCUCAGUGUCACCACCUGCAGCCUGGAGGAUGGAAAAGGCAACCGGUAUAAGCUGCUUUUCAGUGCUGCAACAGACGGGAAAAUUGCAGUGUGGGAUCUGACUGCAGCUUCUUCCUUAUCAACCGAUACUCCACCAAUCCCCUGCUUCGACAUUCCCACCCACCAGAGUGGCGUUAACUCACUGGCUGUUUGGGCAGAGAAACUGGGACAACAAGGGGGCGGUUGCCUGGUAACUGUUGCUAGCGGAGGGGAUGAUGGGCAGCUGACAGUGUCCACGAUUAGGGUGCAGUACCCAGAAGAUGACAACACUGGGGGCAGCAGUGGGCUUUCGCAGAUUUCUCCACAAACACAACCCCAAAACCAUCUUUAUCUUCAUCUCCACACCCAGUCCCACAUCCCGUUGGCCCAUGCUGCCCCUCUGACCGCCUUGAAGCUCCUGAGCCCGGGACUCAUGGUCUCCACUUCCCCAGAUCAGAGGGUUUGCUUGUGGAGUAUCUGCAGUACCGGGAUCAGCCACAGGGGGGCGCUGUACUCCCACGUUGCAGAUGCUGCAGGACUCGCUGUGUGGGAGGGUCAGGUGAUGGAGGGAGAUGAAAAGAGGAAGACAUGGUUUGAGCCUGAGCAGGAUAUUACAGUUUGGGCAGGGAGAGGCAGUCAGUCGGGAUUAGAGAUGAUGGGUAAGACAGGUGUGAGGUUCAGUAACAAACAAAUAGCUGAUGAGGGGGGAGAACCGGUUGAAGCAGCGAGCAAGACAGAUGACCUAAUUUGUAAGAUGAUUGAUGAGAAGGCAGAAGAGACAGCCUCUGAGUGUAGAAAUCAAACAGAGAGUGACAGCGGGGGAAAAGCAGAGAGGAGUUUUAAGACUUCCUGUGAGAGUAGGAAGAAGAGAGAAGAGACGGGAUGGGUGCUCGUCUGCGGUCAAGGCUUCCAGCUGCUACGAGUCAGAAAUACAGAGAUGGAUGAAGAGGAAGACAGAAGAGAGAAGGAAAAGGUGAAUCACAGAGUUAAAGUGACUUUACAAGAAAAGUCAACAUAAGUGGAAUCAAAACAUAGAAGCGGUCCAAACAAUCACUUUCUCAAUGGACACAGUUUUGGCAAAUAUAUGUGAAUUUUUCAGUAAAAUUCAUUAAUUGCAGCUGCAUGUGUUGAUAUUAAAUUAAUUUUACAUCAGAAAUUUUUAAGUACAUUUUUAAUAAAGUUAAAUUAUUAUCUCACCUUCUUGUUGUUUUUGGUUGCAGUUAUAUAGGACAAUGAUGACCUAUGUGGCCUAAGAUUAAAUUAUAAAACAAAAACAAAAGUAGAAAGUCAAACAAAUCUGUGUUUAAUUUCUCUGGUGGAGUUUUAGAUUGAUUAAAGUUUGUCUUUUAUGAAAA